GGCCAGUUCCAGCCUCCCAUUUUGGAGCUCAGGGUGGGGAUGGAGCCCUGGGACGGAGAUCAGCCCUGCUCCCCACCUACCCUGCGUCCCCCUGUCACCCCCGCAGCCGUGGGUCUGCGCCAACGAGCAAGGGAGGGCGGUGGCCGGGUCCGAGGCGAGGCAGUGCAGGUCCCUCCCGCGCCUAGCACUCCGUCAUGUGGUUUCGUACCCCCUGGACUCAUUUCCAAAAAAGCAUUUCCUCCUGCUGCGGUUGGGUGUAAAAGCCUGCCUCGGGAGGGCUGGCGCUCACUCACCACGCGUCGCGUGCUGCUGACGGCAGCCAUGGGGUGCCGGGGCACCCUGCCCGGGCACUGAGCUGCCCCGACACCCCACUGCACCUGCUGCCCGCUCCCCUCACCGCCCCGGCAUGACCCAGCCGCAUCGGCCACAAGGAUGAAGUGUUGCUGCCCUGGGGUGGCUUGGGUGAUCUUGGCAGCGCUGUGGCUGGCGGCCAGCGAAUUGCAGCCCCCAGGGUGGCGGGACCGCGCCGUGCCGCAAAGACAGCCGGUCCUUGUGCAGCCACUCCUCCGCCUGCGGAGACAUGCCAGCAUCUCCCGGUGCCCCGCCGGCACGAACUGGGUCGAGAGUGCUGGCCAUUGCUGCCUUCCGUGUUCCGCAGGGACAUUCCUGUCCGAGCCCUGCACAAUCCCUGAGACUCUCGGCAAGUGCCUCCCCUGUCCCGCUGGCACCUUCCGCACCCAGCCCAACACCCUCAGCAAGUGCCAGGCUUGCUACGAGUGUGAUCUACAAGCUUUCCAGAGUGUGCUGAGCAACUGCUCGGCCACCAGCAACGUCGCCUGUGGCUGUGAGCCCGGCCACUUCCGUGACUGCCGUCACGAGUUGUCUUCUAAGUGCAGCGAAUUCUCUUGCCGAAAAUGCCAGCCCUGCACCGGACGCCUCAUCCAGCAACCCUGUUCGGAGACACAGGAUGCAAUUUGCGACAGCAACUGCAAACCUGACUUCUACAGAGACGGUGACAAGUGCCAGCCAUGCCCCACGAGCACACUGGACGCGUGUGGCAAAGAGUGUCAGCAAGUGUGCAGAAGCAACAAUGACCAAGGCUCAGGUCUGGAGUACAUCCUGCUGGGACUCACCGGGCCUCUCUUCCUGGGUGCCCUUGCCAUCUACCACAAGAGGAAGAGGCUCUGGCAUGGUUCCCUGGCAGGUGGCUCCCUCCCCAUGGCACAGGCCACCUCCUCAAUGGCCGGGGCUGCAGCCACACCGUGGUGCCGGAGGUGGGACAACCUGUGCUGCAAGCAGCCGUGCUCCCCACAGGGGACAGAGCGUGCCACUGGCACAGCAAAGCAGAGCCUCCACCACCAGGCCUUGCUGCGUGAGCAGCCCAGUGAUGAAGGGGAGCCCUCUGCACCCCCAGAGCCCCGCAGUGCCCUGCUGCAGGGCAGCCAGCUCUACGCCGUCAUCGAUGUGGUACCAGUACGGCGUUGGAAGGAGUUCAUGCGCAUGCUGGAACUGCGGGAGGCAGAGAUUGAGCUGGUGGAGCUGGAGGUGGUGCACAUCCGGGACCAGCAGUACGAGAUGCUGAAGCGCUGGUGCCAGCAGACCAGUGCCACACUGGACCACGUCUUUGCUGCCCUGGAGCGCAUGGAGCUGGCCGGCUGUGCCGAGGCGCUGCGCCAGAGUCUGCCUGUGGGACCCUAAUCCCCAGCGUCAGCACCCUGGCACAGGGAGGUCACAACACUUCCACAUCUCACUGGGCACCUCAUCCCAGCCAUACCCCUAAGUAUUGUUACUUAUGACGUGUAGACAUUUUAUGUCAGUUUUAUGUCCCCUUCCCACUUGCCUGUCCUCUCUAUUUAUGUCCCCCUGCUCCCAGGGCCGGGGAGGACCCCAUGCCUCAGCACGUCGGCUGCCCAGCCACUCGCGGGACGAGCGGGCACCGAGCCCACCGCAAACCCAUGGGAUAGUUCUCAAGGCUGCCCGCUGCUGGGCACUCCUUCCCCCUCCCCAAUAAAUGGUGUGUUCUCCAUCCACCACGCCUGGCACUUCUUCGCAAAGCUGCGUCGGCCGGGCACCAGGGCACUGCUGGCCUCAGGACCGCUGAUGGCGAUGUGGCCACCACAGGUGACAGGCAGUGUGGGUGCUGGCAGAGGUACAGGCGGUGUGGGUGUUGGGGGUGAUUGUGG